CAGAGGUAUAAAAAUGAAACGCCCACAAAAAAGAGGAGAAGAAAAAAUUGGGGGAAAAAGGAUGGCCGUUGCUAGAGCCACAACCAGCUUGAUUCUCCGAGCUUUCAAUUCCCGCCAUUUCCAUUCUUCUUCCUUUACGCCGCUGUCCUUCUCGCCGUUGAGCUCCACCGCUCUUCAAUUCACCCAUCGGAAAAUCAGCUCCGCCAAGUUCAUCUGCGCGGCAGCGUCCUCCGACGACAAGAAGGUCUCCGCUCGACUAUCGCAAGUUCAGCAGCUACUCCAUGAAGCCGAGGAACGGGCUAGCUUCGCCAGCGACGAACCUACUCCUCGAAUCACUCUCGACCACGUAGCUGUUAGCUUCGCUAGAAGUGGUGGCCCUGGAGGUCAGAAUGUGAACAAAGUGAACACCAAGGUGGACAUGCGAUUCAAUGUUAAGAAUGCAUACUGGCUAAGUGAGAGGAUCAGGGAGAAGAUAUUGCAAACGGAAAAGAACAGAAUCAACAAAGAUGGUGAAAUUGUCAUCUCUUCAACAAAGACCAGGACUCAGAAGGGUAAUAUUGACGAUGCUUUGGCAAAACUGCAGGCAAUCAUUGAUGCUGCUUCUUAUGUUCCACCACCUCCUUCAGAAGAGCAGAAGAAGAAAAUUGCAAAGCUAGCUGCCAUAGGUGAGCAGAAGAGAUUGAAAAGCAAGAAGGUUAUCUCGGAUAAGAAAGCUUUUAGAAGAGGUCGAGACAGUUGGGACUGACUGCCUGAUUAUCGUUACUUGUAGGGCUACCAAGACCUCCAGUAUAAAAAAACACCAGUACCAGCAUACAUGCACUGGUAAAGCAAGGCUCAAACUAGCGAUUUUUCUGGUAGGCGGAGUUGCCCCCUGCAACUUCCAGAUUCCACACGCUGUUACGAAAUUCGAAGGCGACGAACCAUUCGUAUGGCUCGUUUGGAUCUAAUAUUGUUGAAAUAGGUAUAUUGUUCCAAGGGGAGACAUUGUGUCAUGAAUUUAUCUUGAAACGGGUAUAGUGCUAAAUUGUGUAGUUUGGAUUGAUAGAUAUAAAGAAAAACACCUUUCAUAUAUAUUCCUUAGUAAGGUAUUGUUUAAUUAUCUCUAGUUAAAAUGGAUGUGUCAAAUGGUACAAUGUUUCUACAACAACCGUCUUACAUUAUACUGAGAAGAAUAAUGUCCAUUGCUUAUCAUUCUAUGUGAAUGGGAUGGAGAUGGAGAUCAAUCAAGAGUUCUUGGCACAAUUACU